CUUCUUCUUCGUGGUAGCCCGACAAGCCUUUCCCCCAAGCCACCGACUUCCAUUUCUUGAGGAAAUUGGUAACAAAGCUUGAUUUUUCCCUUUCUUUUCUUGUUAAAGAACUGAUUUUAGGACCUAGAACCCUCCCUUUGAAGUAGAAAUUUCCAGAUCUGCUCUCCCUUCCUCUUCCCUUCGGUCCAUGAGUUUCUACUGGUUGGGGGUGCGAUUUUCUAGGCUUUUUGGUAAGCAACAACCUUGGGAUUCAUCUUUUCUCCCCUAAUUUGGCUUGGGUUUACUUUGAAUUGUUUUUUGGUUCUUGAAUUUGGUAGCCGCGAGUUCCCCUGCAUAAUUGCCGCCGGCCUCUUUCCCCCGCCAGGUCCGGUUCUGCAGCUGAAAAAAUUCUAGUAGUGUGACCCAAGACACGGAAAUCAAGGGGAGUGACGUGGUAGAAGGCUAGCCACUUGAGAUUUGACAUAGAUUCUAGAUAUAUAUACCAUGCUCUUGUAAGUUAGAUUUUAAUUGGAAAUUUUAUGGUAUCAAAACUGAUUUUGUUGAGUAAGUUCCGAGCCUUGUGCACUUGUGGGACCUGUCUAACAAGUGUAGGGCGUUUGUCACGUCCCCGGAUUUAGGUUCUGGGCGGUGACACCAACAAAGAAAUUCACCCCUAGCAAGGGUAUUAGACAGAGAGAUCCUCUUUCUCCUUUCCUUUUUCUUCUAUGUGCAGAAGGACUAUCAGCUCUUUUAUCAAGUGCUAUAAAUAGAGGGGAUUUAAAAGGAUUAUCUUUAUGUAGAGGAUGUCCUCAUUUGUCCCAUUUGUUUUUUUACAUAUGACAGCUUGCUGUUUGGAGAGGCCUCUAAACGAGAAGUUGUAAAGCUUUUAGAAAUUUUGAAGGAAUAUGAACAAGUCUCAGGCCAACAAAUUAAUCUUGAUAAGUCCUCUAUUUUUUUUAGUAGCAAUACUCCCCUUGCUAUGCAACAUAAGGUCAUGCAAGCUUUGAAUAUAUCACAGGUGAUAACAUAUGACAAAUAUCUUGGGCUUCCUCUUAUCAUUGGGAGAAAGAAAUCCAUUUGCUUUGACUUUGUCCUUGAAAGGGUUUGGUCAAAAAUCAAGGGAUGGAAAACUAAACUAUUAUCUCGUGCUGGGAAGGAAAUUUUGAUUAAGGCAGUAGUGCAAGCUAUUCUUACAUAUUGCAUGGGUUGUUUCAAGCUUCCACAAGAUUUCCUCCAAUCUCUAAACAGCAUCAUAAGCAACUUUUGGUGCGGAGAUAACACUAAUAAAUGGAGAAUCCACUGGACAAGACCACUUUAUGCUAUCAAUUGCUCAAAGCCAAAUAUUUUCCUAAUGGUGAUCUAUUGGGAGCUACUACGGGGACUAAUGCUUCAAUGGAGCAAAUGCAUCUAUAACCAUACUUGCCUCUCACCAGGUAGGAGUAUUCAGGACAUUCGACAUUAUAUAAAAGAGUACAAAGCUGCAACCACAACGGAAGAUGAACAAUUGCUGGAGGCAAAACAUAAUCUUGUAGUUGCAGAAAAAGUUAGGACUCUACCACCGAAUGGUGUUGUUAAAAUUAAUGUUGAUGCUAGUAUUCCACAUAAAGCAGGCAUGGUCAGUCUUGGUGUCGUCCUUCGAGAUAGCAACGGUAGAGUCCUGGGUGCGAGCAAAAAAACCAUGAGCUUUCAAGGUGGCAUCACUCAUGUAGAAAUCCUAGCAAUCUGUUUUGGAGUCUAGUUGGAGAAAGAGUUUGGCUGCAACAGUAUCAUUGUUGAGUCAAAUAGUCUGAAUGUUGUUCAAGUGGUAGCUUCCUCGGAUGAGUGUUACCUAACAUAUGGGGCUCUCAUUGAAGAUCUUAAGGAUCGUAUCAGAUUAUUUAACUCCU